AUGCGGAGCAACAGCCUCCCGAUGUCUUCGGGGACGGACGGUCGUCCGUGGUGGGAGAAUAGCUCUUCGGGCUCCGGCGUGGUCGAAGAGGAGAUGGAGCCGGAGCCAUAUCCGCCGAACCUGGAGAGAGGGGUCAAGGUCCGCAAGCGCAGCAUGGCCGGAAAGAGCGAGAUCCGGAGGCUUUACGUUCGAGGGGACACGAUCGAGCUGGUCAAUCCGGAGAAGCGAAUGUUCCGCUCGCAGUCCAAGGUGUUCCCUCUCAGCGAGCUCACAGCGGUUGUGGCUCAGGGCGAGCGCAGCUUGUCGCUUUCCCUCGGGGCCAAGGGCCUCCAUCUUACUCUCGCCGACCGCGCCACGAAGGAGUACCUGUGGGAGCACCUCCGAAAGAUGCGGGAGCAAGCGAGGGAGCAGGCGAAGGCGUCCCGCAUCACGCGCGCGGCGAGCAUAGACAUGAUCGGCAGCGCCUCGCAGGACUUCAAGAGGCCGAAGGGGGGCCGGAAGUCUGUGCAGUUCCAGGUGCCGGAGAACGAGGGCCUCGACUCUGACACGACGGACUCGCCGCUCCCCGAGUUCCUGUCCAACCCGGACGUCCGGUUCGAGGUCACCCCGGGGGACAGGGCCGCCCUGCGGGCGGCGCUGGAGCAGCUCCGCGACGCCCUCAAGCGGGCGACGAUCAGCUCAGAGAGCAGCUUCACCAUCUCCAGGUCGGCGCCGGGCCUCAUGCCCACGGCCAACGCCGUAGCCCUGUCGGGCAUGCGGAUGUCUCGGAUGUCGGCCUCCUCGCCAAGUGGCGGGACCGUCAGCGGGGGGGUCGUGACUGGGGGCGGGGGGGGCGGCGGCGGCGGCGGCGCGGUAAUCGGGGGGGGCGCGGAUGGCGGGGCUGGGACGGGCGGGGGGGACCAGGGGCGUCUCGGGAAGCAGUACGGCAGCGGGCUGCCGUCGCUGCUGGCGUGCCUGAAGGGCCUCAAGAGGGCCGGCACGAGGCUGAGCGAGAGGCACUUCUUCUGCUACGUGGGCGGCUUCACGGAGCUGGUGUCGGCGGCGGAGAAGGCUUGGGUGGCCAUCUCCAAGCGCAGCCCGCCGGAUGUUGCAGCGGUCGAUAGGGUAAAGGCCGCGAUCAUCGAGGGAACUCACCUGGCAGAAGACCACGGUGGGGGCACCGGCGACGUCCCGCACUCGGGGGCACGUCUCGUGGUCCGCAUGGUGCGGGGCCUCCUGGAGAGCGAUGGGGAGCGACUAAAGGAGCUGAGUAAGCGCAUCGCGACAGCGGCACGAGCGCCGAUCGUCGUGGGGGACGUGUUCCAGGACGAGGCGGCGGGGGAGCUGCAGCUGCGGUACAUGGCUAGCCUCGACGGGGCCCCCCUGGACAAGGCCGCCAGGACUCAUGAGAAGCUGCGCACACUGAGCGAACUGCUGGCGCCGUUCUCGUGCCCGGAGACGCAGGAGCCCGUCUCCCAGCUCACCAUCGAGGAUACGUCUGCCCUUCUGUGGCGGGCGCACGAUAUGCUCUACGCGAGGAUGGACGCCAACGUCGGGCGGCGGGGGGUGUUCAAGUCCAGCGUGGUCCCCCUGCUGCCCCCCCGGAGAGACUUGGCCCCUCCGCCGGUGCUCUGCCCGGAGCUCCCGCCGCACCAUCUGCCGCGAACGGCGAUGCAGGAGCGGGUGGCGGCGGGGCUGCUUGGGCGAGUGAGUCCGUGGGACCCCCCCAUGGUAAUCACGGGGCCCCCUGGUGCCGGAAAGACGGUGCUGUCGUCCGCGGUGGCCAGGCGUUCGGACGUCCGGCGACACUUUAGGGACGGUAUUUUCUGGCUGCCGGCGGGGAAGGACGCGACGGAGAGGCUGCCGUGGCUGCUCGAGUACUUAGCCGUGCAGCUGUCGCUAGUCCUGUCCUCUGGCCAGGCGGGGGAGAGCAAGGCCAACCGCAUGGCGGCACUGACAGGCCGCGGCGCCAAGCAGGAUGACGAGGUGGAGGUGGAACUCCCGUGGGGCACGCGCGGGCCGCGGGAAGGGGAAGUAGCCGCUUUCCUGGCGGCGCACUUGGCGACGAGGGGGUUGACCUGCCUGCUGGUCGUCGACGACCUGUGGGACAGGGAGUCGCUUGACCAGGUCCGUGACCUCGGUUUUCAUGUGAUGGUCACCGCGAACUCCAAGGGGCUGCUGUGGACGCAGCAGGGCGCGGGGCUGGCGGCCACGCUCGGUUCGGAGGUGGUGGCUGUCGACAGGAUGGACGACGAUGAGUGCAAGCUGCUGCUCCAGAGGUGCUCGAUGAUCGAAACGGUGGACUGGGCUGCUUUGCGAGACACAGAGCCCGUGAAGUCGAUCAUCAAGCUCUGCCGGUACGGGCCGCAUGCUCUCGUGAUGGUAGGGACGACCCUUCAGGGGCAGGGACGCUCGUUCUCUUGGGAUGCGACGAGAGAUUCUCUCGCAAGGACCGUGGACUCGUCUCGCUCCUUGUUGCAAAACGGCGCUUCUCAGGACCCGGACUACGUGUCCCUGUACAGCGCCGGCAAGGUGUGCACCCUGAAGCUACCGGAUCACAUCCGAAACCGCUACUUGCAUCUCGCCAUCCUUCCCAAGCACGUGCCUGCUCCAGAACAAAUGCUGGAGUCCCUGUGGGACACCGAGAGUGACGAGGUCUUCGACGAGGUUCUCGAGAAACUCCGGUCCCACGCCCUGCUGCAGCCGGUGGUGAUCUUGGGUGACCAGGGCCGAAGCGGGCACGUGACUUCCAACACGCAGAUGGACUACAUCCUGCACACUGCGGCGGGGGAGACGGUGGAGCACGCCGCGGCCCGCAUGUCCCUCUACCUCGGGCGGCUGAAGGUGCUCAAGAGCGGGCUGGGCAGGAAGGCGGGGGGUAAGUACCUGGCCAUGGGUCGGUGCGGGCUGGUGUCGUGCUGGGCGGAGGUGGAGAAGCGGUUCGGGUUCACGGCCCUCGAGGCCUACACGGACAGCAUACGGGCCUACAGAUCCUCCGGCAAAUGGGCGAGUUUGACCGCGCCUCUGCCAUCGGGGGUCAGGCCUUGGCGCUGGUUCAGACGGGACCCACGGGGCCACACAGCGCCGAGUCCGCUGUGUGCGUGGCCAGCCUGGCGGGGCUUGCAGCGCAGCAGGGCAAGCCCACGCUCUCGGAGGAGUUGUACAGUGUUCGGGUCGAGGCACCCCGCCGUGGCCGCCGAGACUAACGUGCUCGCGGUCUUUCUCGUGGAGCACGGCCGAAAUAGGGAGGCCGAGGCCUGCUACCGCAACAGCAUGGAGAUCUGGGAGAGGACCCUGGGCCCCUACUCGCCCGAGCUGGCGUCAGGGCUGAACAACCUCGCGAUCCUGCUCUUCGUGGAAGACCGCCCCGGAGAGGCCGCGGCGACGUUUCAAAGGAGCUUGGACAUUCGGCAGAGAGUGCUGCCGCCGAACAGCCUUGAGACCGCGCAGGGGUUGAACAACCUCGCCUUGCUUUACACGAGCCAGGGGCAGGACUCAACGGCGGCGGAGCGGCUUCACCGCGAGGCAUUGGCCAUCCGGGAAGCCCGGCUAGGCCGAAACCAUCCUGAAGUGGCGCAAACCUGCCAUAACCUGGCGCUGUUGCUGCUCAAGACCGGGCCGACCACAACCCACAGUCCCGUGGGCGGCGGCAAGCCGUCGUCGAAGACCUCGGCCGACGACAAGUGGCAGUGGGAGAAGGUGAAAGCGUCCAAGGCUCCGCCAUCCUCGGAGACCGGGUUGUCUUCUUCGUUGUUCAAGGGGUUGCGUUUGGGUGGAGGGGGCGGGAACGGGGCACAGCAGGCCAACGGGACCGGGCCGGGGGGGGCGGGGAGUGGGGGGGAGUCGUACCGGUGGCGGCACACGGAGGCCAUCAAGUUGCUGGAGCGCGCCCUGGCCGUGCACCGCGAGACUUUGGGCGACGAUCACCCUGUGACGGAAGAGUCCCUCCAGGCGCUCGCAGCCGCGGGAGGCAGCUCUACCCCGGUUACCCCAUCCCCCUCCUCGAGGCCCUCCUCCAUCUCUCGAGAGGUCGGUCUCGCGGUCGCUGCGGCGGCGGCGGGGGCUGGUACUGCAGCGGCGGUCUCUACGCCGAGGUCGGGGCCGGCGGGGGGGGGGCAGCCGUCUCCCGCUGCUACGACGGGGUCGCGGCCUACGUCGGUGGACCCGCCGCCGCCCAGCCUGGAGUGCCUCAAUAGCUCCGACCACGCGCGAGAGACCGCUCGGGAGCAGCAGCGGCAGCAGCAGCGAGAACACGAGCAGCGUGUCAAGUGGGAGCAGGACCAGGCGCAGAAGCUGGCCCGUGAUCACGAGCUCAACAAGCAGAGGCUGCGGGAGGAGAAGCGACUCAAGCAGGAACGGGAGCUGGUUCGGCAGCAGAAUCUCGAGAAGCAGGCGCUGGCGAGAGAGGAGGCGGAGCUCAAGGCCAAGGCCGACAAGCUUCUCGAAGAUAAGGGGCAAGCCCUGUUUGUCCAGCAGCAGCAACGGCAGCUGCAGAACGAGCAGCGGGAGAGGCAGCGGAUAGGGUCGGUUGAGAGCGGUUCCGGCGACCAACUCGUCCCCGGCGGCAUCCGCGGCGCAUCGGCAUCGGUUUCGUCAGCAGCGUCGUUAGAACGGUUUUACAGCGCGGACGGCGCGGGCAUUGACGCUGCGGCUGUGGCCGCCGCCUCCAGCUCACGAGCAGCCGUCGCAGACACCGCCGCCCCUCUCUUGAGAGCGCGGAGCGCGCAAGGGUUGGGGGCGGCGUCGGCGGGUCGUCGGGAUGAAGACGAUGCCGUAACGCGCAGCUUCAGUUAUCAGGCUGGCGCCGAUGGCGCCCCAGAAGAUGGGGGUGCAGACUCCCCUGAGGGCUGUCGGCUGGCGUAA